GUUUUUUUUCUUUUUUGGUUUGGUUUUGAAAGAUUUUAUUUUAUUUUCUUUUCUUUUUCUUUGAUUUAAAUGGGUUGAAGAGAGUAUUGUGCUCCUAGUUGAUUGGGAGAAUAAAGGUAUCAAAAAUAAAAAAAAUGGAGUGGGAUAGCAAUUCGGAUCUGAGCGGGGACGAGGACGACGCUUUCUUGCUCAACGACGAUGGUGGCCCUGGUCCACUUCCUUUCCCUGUUGAGAACCUGCUUCAAAGGGCUCCUUGUGGCUUCGUCGUCACUGAUGCUCUCGAGCCUGAUCAUCCUAUCAUCUAUGUCAAUACCGUCUUCGAGGCUGUUACUGGGUACCGUGCCGAGGACGUACUUGGUCGCAAUUGUCGUUUUUUGCAGUGUAGAGGCCCUUUUGCUAAAAGGAGGCAUCCAUUGGUGGACUCUACGGUAGUUACAGAAAUUAGGAGAUGUCUUGAGGAAGGCAUUGAAUUUCAAGGGGAGUUAUUAAACUUUAGAAAGGAUGGGUCUCCACUGAUGAACAGAUUGCGGCUAACUCCUAUAUAUGGAGAUGAUGAUACAAUUACUCAUGUGAUUGGAAUCCAGUUCUUCACAGAAGCAAAUAUUGAUCUCGGUCCAGUGCCAGGCUCAUCAGUCAAAGUGCCUGUUAAAGCUUCAGAUCGGUUUCGCUCUGGCCUUUCCUCUUUCCGUGCUUUACCUGUGGGAGACAGAAAUAUUUGUCGUGGGGUUUGUGGAAUAUUGCAACUAAGUGAUGAGGUACUGUCUCUCAAGAUACUUUCAAGAUUGACACCCAGAGAUAUUGCAUCAAUUGGGUCUGUUUGUAGACGACUGUACGAGCUGACAAAGAAUGAAGAUCUAUGGAGAAUGGUGUGCCAAAAUGCAUGGGGUCGUGAAACAACUAGUGUCCUGGAGACUGUGCCUGGUGCAAAGAGACUAGGGUGGGGUCGACUGGCACGGGAGUUGACCACUCUUGAAGCAGCAGCAUGGAGGAAGCUCACUGUUGGAGGUGCUGUGGAACCCUCACGCUGCAAUUUUAGCGCCUGCGCCGUAGGGAACCGUGUUGUCCUUUUUGGUGGGGAAGGGGUAAACAUGCAGCCAAUGAAUGACACUUUCGUGUUGGAUCUAAAUGCCAGUAAUCCAGAGUGGCAACACGUCCAAGUGAGCUCCCCUCCUCCUGGUCGUUGGGGCCAUACUCUUUCAUGUGUGAAUGGUUCCCAUUUGGUGGUAUUUGGAGGCUGUGGAAGGCAAGGCUUACUGAACGAUGUAUUUGUGUUGGAUUUGGAUGCAAAACCUCCAACUUGGCGUGAAAUAUCUGGAUUGGCUCCUCCACUUCCCAGAUCAUGGCACAGUUCCUGCACCCUUGACGGGACCAAGUUAAUAGUUUCUGGUGGCUGUGCAGAUUCUGGAGUAUUACUGAGUGAUACUUUUCUACUUGAUCUCUCAAUGGAGAAACCGAUCUGGAGAGAAAUACCAGUAGCAUGGACGCCCCCAUCUCGAUUGGGUCACACACUUUCUGUAUAUGGUGGUAGGAAAAUUUUGAUGUUUGGGGGCCUAGCCAAGAGCGGACCACUCCGGUUUCGAUCUAGCGAUGUGUUCACGAUGGAUCUAAGUGAGGAAGAGCCAUGCUGGAGAUGUGUAACUGGGAGUGGAAUGCCAGGUGCUGGAAAUCCGGGGGGCAUAGCACCUCCUCCUAGACUUGAUCAUGUGGCUGUGAGCCUCCCAGGUGGGAGAAUCCUAAUCUUUGGUGGUUCUGUAGCUGGGCUUCACUCUGCCUCGCAACUUUAUAUCCUGGAUCCUACAGACGAAAAGCCUACAUGGAGGAUAUUAAACGUACCUGGAAGACCCCCAAGAUUUGCUUGGGGGCAUAGUACCUGUGUUGUCGGGGGCACAAGGGCUAUUGUGCUUGGCGGUCAAACUGGGGAAGAGUGGAUGUUAAGUGAGCUCCAUGAGCUAUCGCUGGCAAGCUCUGUCAUCUGAUUUCAGAGUUGCAUAUAAUAACAAGCUCUACCAAAAGGGGGUCACUGGGAGUAUUCAACUGCACAUGUGAGAUCAUUCUGAGGAGAUCAGCUGGGAGAGAAUGUUGUUCCGGUCAUCACUUAUAACUCUUGAUGGGAUAAGAUAAUGUGCUCGAGUUGGGGAUUUGUUUUGGGCAUUUUUCUUAUAUUGGAUUGUCCUUGGCUCGAGAUGGAAAAUUUUUAAUUAAUUUUCAAGAGUGACUUGAGACCGUCUUUGUUUUUUGUGAGGUUUAUGUGAGACUGCCCUUGAGUACGCACAAUGAAUUAUUCCUCCUUGUCAGGUUAGUUGUAUUCUGAUAGACAGGUAGGUUUUUAUAUGUAGGUUUAGUUUCUUAUUCUAUGCCCAUAUGUUGCUUUUCUAAAUUCAGGUUCUGUAAUUUGAGCCAAAAGCAAGAAAAAACCCCAAAAAAGUAAAAUAAAAAUAUUUGCCUGUUUAUAGUGAUGAACUGCUGCUAGCCAUUCUAUAUGUAAUGAAAACUUGGUUCAGCUCUCCUUCACUCAUUGCAAAAUAUGUUAUCCAGCUUGAUUCAAAGGAUAUAUUCAAGCAAGGAUCUUGAGGCAGGACUAAGAAGCUUAGCACCCCG